AUGCACAGGUGUGAUGCUCACGUAUGCAGUGACAAGGGUCGUGCGAUGUGCACUUUGGCCGGAUGCGGAGGCCCGCAAGGCACGGCAUGUUGGUUGACAAGCGUGACCAUCAACAUGCAGAUUGUAUGUCCCUUGCCCCUUGCGCAAUUCCUUUCGCUCUUUUUGUCCUCUGCUGCUUCCCUUCCGACUCGUCAAUAUAUCAGCAUCAUGCGGCUCGACCUUGUGAAUCACAUCGCCCUCUCAUCCUUGUAUAUCGCCGGCGCCUCUGCUCUCACCUACCCAGCCUUGAUCGUCACCCCCGUCGACAGACGCUCGCAUACAGUCGCCUUCCCCUCCUAUACCCACCCUUCAUCACAUACCCAACAUGCGCGGGAGGACACGGAGACUCAGACUUUGGCCGCUACGGCGACGACACUCGGCUCAUCAGAAAACACGACGGCCUCGGAUUCGGCCACGACCACUCAGUCUUAUAAUCUGGUCACUGCCAGUACACCGAUAGCUCUCGCUGCGACAAUGGGGCUCAUUAUGCCUAAUCCUUGGCGGACGUUAUAUACAGAUCUCGAGUAUAGCUUUGGCUUCAUCGACGCCGUAUCUCAGCCCGCACCCACCUAUGGAGGAUGGAUUCGGCAAGUCACGCCUCUGAUGAUACUAUCCAACCACACGGUUGACGUCUUCACUUCGAGUGGAACUGACGAUCCCACGAGUGUGGACGCUAUUCCAGAAGGGAGCGACGGGCUCUGCGGAGCGACCGUUGAAAAGUCGGCGGUGGCAUACAGCUUCAAGUUUGAAGAACCGGGGUGGUACAUGUUUGUCGUCAAUCAGACUUACAUGCAGGCCAACGUAACCAGCAACAACCAAUGCACCCGUCCUAUCCUGCAACAGGAUUCAUUCUUUGCGACUCAGACCUUCUCCAUCUCCCCUCGCCCAAUCUGGUCUCCAGGUCCCCAGGCACCUACCAGCGCGUACACCGUCUGGGCAGCUGUGACCACGUCUACCCCUGGCAAUCUCCCAUACGAUGAGCAACCAAUGUCAAAGAGUCAAAAGCUAGGGGUGGCAUUAGGGGCAGCUGGAGGAGUCUUGGGGGUAGCGUUCAUCGUUGCGGUGGUUUGGUGGGUCAGGAAUAAGAGAAAAAUGGAGUCAGAGACGCUCGCUUUCUCACGCCUCACUCCUCAGGCCCAGGAAGAGUUCCUGCGUGAUAACCCCAAGUCAUUCCUCAAUCCGAACCACCCUCGCUAUGCGCGCAAUAACGCAUAUGGCGGUGCGCCUGCGCCGCCCGGUACAAUUGCCCACGGACUGUGGUAUAGCCAGCAGCUUUGGAAUCACCAGGUUAUGCAGCGACCACAAGCGCCAUGGGGUGCUGGUGUCAGCUGGGGGAGCUCCCAGCCGAUGGCAAGUACGGGGAUGAUGCCGAGUCAACAAGCAUAUGGACAGCAUCAAAUACAGCAGCCAUUGAUGGAUAAUAGUAGACCCAUAUGA